CAAAUUGAGUACUUUCAGUAAACUAGUUUUUAAAAUGUAUGCCAGAGAAAGUACUCCUAAGCUACAACAGCAAUUUGCCAACAAUUACUAUUUUGAAUUUAUGAAUGAACAGAUUUAAAUGUAUUGAUGAAUGGAUGAAAUAAAAGUUGUCACGGACAAAUCAUUUAAGAGAUGUUCGUCUUAUGCAGGUGACUCGGGAUGGGUCGAUGACGUUAACGCUACCAAACCUGCUCAAGAGUUAUGAAGGCAAACUCUACAUAGUUUUGAUUAUGAUGACAGAUCUGAUGAUUUUUCAGCUUGAUAUAUGAGGAUAGGUUCCACUGACGUAGGCUUCUGUACGCAUAUCAUUCUGUGUCACCACAAGCAGAAGUCUCGUUUUCAACUUUUUUUUUUUAGCUUUUUUAGUUUUUUUUUUCUCGAAGGCGUGUAGGCUUGUACGUGCCUUUAUAAACCGCUGAAGCUUGUCACCAGUGCACAUUACCCCAAAGGGAGAAAUCGAGGAGAAGUCCUAAAGAAACCUACUUUUUUUCACUUACUGCUUACAGGGUAAGUAACUUCACGAUGUUUUUUUCUUUUUCAGAUCUUGACUAUCAGAUUCUUAACAUUUUGAUUUCUUUCCCUUUUCCCGUUUUAGUUCCCCCUUCCCCUAUUUACAUCAUAUAGAUAAGCUUAUAUUUUCUUUUGAAUUAUUUGAACGACAACAUUGGACAGACUGAACUGUAAUAAAGUUGUUGUUUUUUAAAAAAAAUAAUGUCUGAUACAUCCUGUAGUGAUAACAGUUGACUUCAUGAGGCUCAAUUUCUGUGGCCACUUCCAAACUAAAGGAUGAUGAUUAAUGGGAUGUAUUUAUACUUUUAAUGCAUUAUCAUUUUAUUGCUAACUAAUUAGUGCACAAAAUUAUGUAUAGCACUUUUAAGGUCAACGUAAUUGGGUAUUUUCCUAUUGAAAUAUCUAAUUACAAAUUACUGUUACACUUUAAAACUGGUCUAUUCUCCUUGCUAAAAUCUCAACAUGUGUGUUCUCUGUUAAAUAUUUUUUUCAUGACAUGAUUUUUUUUUAUAUAUUUUUUUUUAUAGUGACUGUGAGAUAAAAUGGACAUCAAACCACUUUUUCGGAAACUAGGCAUAGGUGUACGAAUCUUCUUUACAUUUCUUUUUGCCCUCCUAGUACUUGGACUGGUACUAUGGGCUUACAUUGCCCAUGUAAAUCUUUUAGCAUCCCAGUAUGGCAUUAUGGCCUUUGGCUUUUAUGGUCUUCUGCUAUGUUUUCAUCUACUGGUCCAGAGUAUUUUUGCCUUUGUGGAGCACCGGCGGAUGCGUACCCGAAAAGAAGCUUGUUCCUACACCAAGACUGUUGGUUUUACCAUCUCUGCUUACCAGGAAGACCCAAAGUACCUUCGGGACUGCUUAGAAUCAGUUAAGGCACUCUGUUAUCCACCUGAGUUGCUCCGGAUUGUCAUGGUGGUGGAUGGUAAUACAGAAGAAGACCGCUACAUGAUGGAGAUGUUCCAGGAAAUUUUUGCAGAUCAGGAUCCCAGCUGCUAUGUGUGGCAGAACAAUUACCACACACACCCAGCUGGGAUGGAUCCCCAGGAAGAUACCCAGCGCAGGAAGGUGGAAGAGAUUAUAAGAACCAAGCGAUGUGUUUGCAUUAUGCAAAAGUGGGGAGGAAAGAGAGAAGUGAUGUACACAGCAUUCAAGGCACUGGGCUCUUCAGUGGACUACAUACAGGUGUGCGAUUCAGACACAAAGCUGGAUCCCCUGGCAACAGUAGAACUGGUCAAGGUGCUUGAGAGUAACACAAGAUAUGGUGCUGUGGGUGGCGAUGUGAUGAUCCUUAACCUGAAAGACUCAUACAUCAGCUUCAUGAGCAGUCUGCGAUACUGGAUGGCUUUUAAUGUUGAGAGAGCAUGCCAGUCAUUUUUUGACUGUGUCUCUUGCAUUAGUGGCCCCUUAGGGCUGUAUAGGAAUGAUCUACUGCAACAGUUUUUGGAAGCUUGGUACAACCAAACAUUUCUUGGCAGACACUGCACUUUUGGAGAUGAUCGUCAUCUUACGAAUCGCAUGCUGAGCAUGGGCUAUGCUACCAAGUACACAGCUCGCUCAAAGUGCUAUACAGAGACACCAUCCCAGUUCCUCCGUUGGUUGAACCAGCAGAUGCGGUGGACCAAGUCAUAUUUUCGUGAGUGGCUCUACAAUGCUAUGUGGUGGCACAAGCAUAACCUUUGGAUGACCUAUGAGUCCAUUGUGGCUGGAAUCUUCCCCUUCUUUGUAACAGCCACCAUGAUCCGACUGUUCUGGGUGGGUACGCUUUGGAAUAUCCUGUGGGUCCUUUGCUGCAUUCAACUAAUUGGGCUGAUUAAGGCAGCCUAUGCCUGCAUCUUGCGACAAAAUUUUGUGAUGAUGUUCAUGUCUCUCUAUUCUGCCCUAUACAUGACAAGUCUUCUGCCCACUAAGUAUUUCGCUAUGAUUACCAUAAAUAAGAGCAGUUGGGGCACUUCUGGCCGCCGUAAGCUAGUGGGAAAUUACAUGCCUCUCCUUCCCCUGUCAAUAUGGGCAGCCAUCCUGCUGAGUGGUUUAAGCUACACAAUCUACAGGGAAAGCAAUCAGGACUGGAACUCAGCUGCAAAAAAAGAGGAGAUCAAAUAUUUGAUCUAUGGUGCUGUGGCAUAUGUCAGUUACUGGUUUAUAAUGGUCUUCGUAUACUGGAUGUGGGUUCGUAGACUGUGCCGAAAACGUUCUCAGGGUUACAAUGUGAAUGUGUAGUAUAAUUUUCAUGUGAUUUAUUUAUUUAUUUAUUUAUUUAUUUAUUUAUUUAUAGUUUGUUUGUUUGUUUGUUCACUUGUGUGCACAAUAUUUAUUUAUGUUUUUGUUUAUGUUGAUUUGUUAUGCUUUUUAUGGACUGAUUAUAACAUAUUAAUAUAAUUUGUAAAGCAUCUUGCAAUAUGAAAAAUUUCCACUGUAUUAUAGAAUUUACUCUGUGUUAUACAAACUUUGUGAAAGAUCAAAUUACUUUGUGUUUGAAAUGUUGACUGAAACAGUAUUUAUACUUGUGCACUGUGGCACCUAUUUACUAUUUCAAAUAUGUACCCUUGUCCUUUAACAAUCUAGUUAUGCGGAUAAGAGUUGUAAUGUAUUUGAGGCAAACUGUAGUCAAUAGAUUUUGUUUAGCAAUGCAAAAUUUUCAUUAAAUUUUUAUUUCUUUUAUUCUGUGACAUUAUAUUGGUGUACAUGUGACAGUUGCUGAAAGAUCACAUCUAUUAAUGUCAAUUGGAUGGUUUGAGAUAAGGUUACAAGUGUCAUGUCACAGCAAACCAGUGACUACAUUUCCCAUCCUGCACAGCAGCCUACAAACAUGGCCACCCUGGACUACACUUCCCACAUGCAAUCACAUGUUUACCUUCUUCAGUACUAAUCACACACACCUGUUUCCAAUCACACACUCACUCACACCACAGUAUUAUAAGAGACUGCUCAAACACUAUGACUUUGCGUAGUAUUGAGUUAACGCUUAGCCAAGCGGUUGUUCUUUGUUCUCGUCUCGUCUUGUUUCAUUUCAUGUUUAUUGACCUCGUAUCUCAUUUCCCGACUCUGAUUCAAGCCUCGCCCUAUUUAAGCCUGUUUGCUGAUCGCCUGACCCAUUGCCUGUUUUGACCACACUUCUGUCUAAUGAUUUGGGUUUGUCUGCCUUAA